AUGCUUCAGACCACCGUGUUUUCUCCGUCUCCCGGAGCCCUUCAGCUCAACCACAACCACAACCGCAGGAUCUUCUCAUGGGGACGAGGGUCUGUUGGUGUUAACAGCAGCACUAGUAACACAUGGAGGCAAUCUUUGUUUGUCAGCGCAAAACCUGUCCUUGAGGAUGGUGUUCUCAGUGUCAAUGGUAAGGAAUUGUUGACAAAAGUGCCUGAGAAUGUGGUUGUCACACCAUUGACCAACUCAUCCGCAUUUGUGGGUGCCACUUCUGAAACUGCUACUUCACGCCAUGUUUUUAAGCUUGGAGUCAUACGUGAUGUCAGAUUAUUAAGUCUUUUUAGAUUUAAGCUUUGGUGGAUGAUACCACGAGUGGGCAAUACCGGAAGUGACAUUCCGGUUGAAACUCAGAUGUUGCUCGUUCAAGCAAAGGAGGGACCAGAUUUUAAUGCGUUAAAGGAAGCUGCUCCUUAUAUCUUAUUCUUGCCUGUUCUAGAUGGUGAAUUUAGAAGCAGCUUGCAGGGGAAUUCAUCGAAUGAGCUUGAGUUCUGUGUUGAAAGUGGUGACCCAGCUAUAGUUACCUCACAAUCCCCAAAAGCAGUUUUUGUGAACUGUGGGAACCAUCCUUUCGAUCUGUUGAAGGAAUCUAUGAAGAUUUUGGAGAAGCAUUUUGGAACUUUUUCUCUUAGAGAAUCCAAACAGAUGCCUGGAAUGCUAGAUUGGUUUGGCUGGUGUACCUGGGAUGCCUUUUAUCAAGGAGUUAAUCCUCAGGGAAUCAGAGAAGGCCUGAAAAGUUUAUCACAGGGAGGUACUCCAGCUAAGUUUUUGAUAAUUGACGAUGGGUGGCAAGAUACAUCAAAUGAGUUCCAAAUAGAAGGGGAGCCAUUUGUUGAAGGAUCACAGUUUGGUGGUAGAUUAAAUAGCAUUCAAGAAAAUAGUAAGUUUCGUACAACAACCAAUAAAGAGGCUGAAAGCGAGACACCAAGUGGUCUGAAGGAAUUUGUUUCUGAAAUCAAGGGGAAUUUUGGCCUCAAGUACGUCUAUGUAUGGCAUGCCCUGUUGGGAUACUGGGGAGGGCUUCUUCCAAAUGCUCUUGGAACUAAAAAGUAUAAUCCUAAGCUAAGAUACCCAGUACAGUCCCCCGGGAAUUUGGCAAAUAUGAGGGACUUGGCCAUGGAUUGCAUGGAGAAAUAUGGUGUUGGUGCAAUAGAUCCUGCAAAGGUGUAUCAGUUUUAUGAUGAUCUGCACGGUUAUCUUGUUUCACAGGAUGUGGAUGGGGUUAAGGUCGAUGUUCAGAACAUACUGGAGACUAUAUCAACUGGUUUAGGAGGGCGCGUCUCUCUAACUAGACAGUUCCAACAGGCACUCGAGAAGUCCAUAGCCACCCACUUCCAAGACAACAGCAUAAUCUGCUGCAUGGGCCAAAGCACAGACUCCAUUUACCAUUCGAAAAAAAGUGCUAUUACUCGAGCAUCUGAUGAUUACUACCCAGAAAACCCAACAACACAGACACUACACGUUGCUGCUGUGGCUUUCAACAGCAUAUUCCUCGGUGAAGUUGUUGUCCCAGAUUGGGACAUGUUCUAUAGCCGUCAUGAUGCAGCUGAGUUCCAUGCUGCUGCUAGAGCUGUGGGAGGCUGUGGAGUCUAUGUUAGUGACAAACCUGGCCAGCAUGAUUUCGAGAUACUUAAAAGGCUUGUACUUCCCGAUGGGUCAAUUCUCAGAGCUCGAUACCCCGGGAGGCCAUCGCGGGAUUGUUUAUUUGUUGACCCAGUUAUGGAUGGGAAGAGCCUUCUAAAGAUAUGGAAUUUGAACAAAUGCAAUGGAGUUGUGGGCAUUUUCAACUGCCAGGGAGCGGGGAAGUGGCCUUGUGUGGAAAACAUUGUUGAGGUAAAAGCUAGUGCUGCUGAGCUAUCUGGGCAGGUGUCCCCUGCAGAUAUUGAGUAUUUCGAAGAGGUUUCUGGGAAGCAUUGGACUGGAGAUUGUGCAGUCUAUUCCUUCACCAAAGGGUGCCUGUCUCGUUUACCAAAGGACAAGUCGUUUGAGGUCACAUUAAAACUUCUCCAGUGUGAUGUCUUUACUGUAUCUCCUAUUAAGGUUUACAAGCAAGAGAUCGAGUUUGCAGCUAUUGGAUUAUUGAAUAUGUACAAUUCCGGUGGAGCAGUUGAAGCAAUUGACUGCUUUGGCGAUGAGUCUAGUUGUGAAAUACACAUCAAGGGAAGAGGAGGAGCUCGUAGUUUUGGAGCAUACUCCAGUUUAAAGCCCAAAGCUUGCUCAGUCAACUCCAUAGACGAGGAGGAAUUUGAAUUCAGAGGUGAAGACAAUCUUUUAACAGUAACAAUUCCCCCCAGAACAAGUUGUUGGAACAUUAUUCUAUGUUAUUGA